GGAUAUGCUCCACCACCAAAAAAUGGAAUUGAACAGAAGCGACCUGGGCGCCCCUUAAAUAUAACAUCUCUAGUUAGGUUGUCAUCAGCAGUGCCAAACCAGAUUUCCAUUUCCUGGGCUUCGGAAAUUGGAAAGAAUUACUCCAUGUCUGUGUAUCUCGUUCGCCAGCUCACUUCAGCUAUGCUUUUACAGAGGUUAAAAAUGAAAGGUAUCAGAAACCCCGAUCAUUCCAGAGCACUAAUUAAAGAAAAACUAACUGCAGAUCCUGAUAGUGAGAUUGCCACAACCAGUCUGCGGGUAUCUCUGAUGUGUCCUCUGGGAAAAAUGAGACUGACAAUCCCAUGCCGGGCCGUUACUUGCGCACACCUGCAAUGUUUUGAUGCUGCUCUUUAUCUUCAAAUGAAUGAAAAGAAGCCUACCUGGAUCUGCCCUGUCUGUGACAAAAAGGCAACUUAUGAGAGCCUAAUAUUAGAUGGGCUCUUUAUGGAAAUCCUUAAUGAAUGUUCAGAUGUGGAUGAGAUCAAAUUCCAAGAAGAUGGGUCCUGGUGCCCCAUGAGGCCAAAGAAAGAAGCUAUGAAAGUCUCAAGUCCACAGUGCACCAAAAUAGAAAGUUCCAGUGUUUUUAGGAAACCCUGUUCUGUGACAGUGGCCAAUGAAGUAAACAAGAAGAAAGUCGAUGUUAUUGACUUGACAGUAGAAAGUUCUUCUGAUGAAGAGGAAGAUCCUCCUGCCAAAAGGAAGUGCAUAUUUAUGUCUGAAAUACACGGGAGCCCAACCAAAGGGGUCCUUGUGUAUCAGCCACCUACUGUCAGAGUGCCCAGCAUGACAACGGUUGAUGCUGCUGCUAUUCCACCUUCAUUAACAGACUACCCAGUACCAUUCCAUCACCCACCAAUAUCCAGUAUUUCAUCAGACUUGCCAGGACUGAAUUUUCUUUCACUAAUCCCAGCUGAUUCACAGCAGUACUGUCCUCCUAUGUUUUUGGAUAGUCUCACCUCAACCUUAACAAGCAGUGUGCCUGGCAGCAUCACCACAUCAACCAGCCACCAUGAGAGCAGCACACAUGUUAGCUCCUCCAGCAGGAGCAAGACAGAAGUGAUAACCAGAAGCAAAGGCAGUGCUCCUGACAUCAUCUCACUGGACUGA